AUGUUCAAGCGAUGCUAUACCACGUUUGUACCACGGUUCAAGUUUCCGGAAUAUAGAAUCCCUCUGACGGACUUCAAAGGCCACCAAGUACGCGCGCUGCAGCGAUUCCAACAACUUUUGCCGCAGCUUAACUUACUGCUAGAGCUUCGGGACAGCAGGGCGCCUAUCAGCACCAGAAACGUAAUAUUCGACGACCUCGUGGCCCGCGGGCGCGGGGAAAAGACGCAGCGGCUGGUUCUGUACACUAAGUCAGACCUGUGUCCCAAGGAAACAAUCGACAAGCUGCGGAACUGGCACGGCGAGAUGGGCGACGAGUUCAUGACGCUGGACUGCCGGUCCGCACGCGAGGUGAAGAGUCUCGUGAAGCUGCUUGAGUGGAAGUACGACCGCGUGGUCGAGAAAAUGGUAGGCCAGGCAGCGGGCGAGGGCGGCGGGCUGCCGCUCGGGUACCGGGUGCUCGUGGCCGGGAUGCCCAACGUGGGGAAGUCGACGCUGGUGAACUCGCUGCGAUUCGUGGGCGCAGCGCGCACGGGCAACAGCAGUGAAAGUGUGCACGGGAGCGUGGCGCACAGACGGCGCAAGGUCGCCAAGACCGGCGGCCAGGCCGGCGUUACGCGGGCGACAAGCGAGUGCAUCCGCAUCGCGGACCACCGCGGUGGCAUAUACCUGUACGACACGCCCGGGGUGUCGCUCCCCGGGCGCGUAACCACGCGCGAGAAGAUGCUGAGUCUGAGCCAGUGCGGAUGCGUCAAGAGCAACCUGGUGGACCCGGUGAUCCAAGCCGACUACCUGCUGUACCUGAUGAACCUGCAGAGCCCCGCGGUGUACGAGCAGUACACGAAGGGCGUGCCCACCAACAAUAUCUACAAGCUGCUGGGUGGGGUGCGCCGCACGACGGGGAUCCGUGACGACAACGGCGCGGCGAUCCACUGGGUGGACAAGUGGCGCCAGGGUCCACGCCGUGGCGCGCACCGCGUGUCCUUCGACGUGGAAACCCUGCUGGACGAUACGAGUUUCUCAUACCGGGAGCUCGUUUCGCGAGAGCUGGAGCUCCUGGGGCCCUGGUCCGUCGCGCCCUCGAAGCCCUCAGCAAAGGCCAAGAACAGCAACCAGCUGUUCGACCUGUAA